ACGCUCUUUUCAGCCCCUCGCGCAGUUUCACGUUGUACGUAGUCUUCAUCGGUUGAUGCACGUGUCACGCGGUUCACUCCGUAUUAUCGUUGACAUUUGACGGGUUUAUUUAUGUUUAUUUAAAUGUGAAUUAUUUUUAAAAUACUGACUCAGAAUUUUAACAAUAAUCGUGCCAAUAAAAUAAAUUUACAUUGUGAAAAUACAAUAACAAUAAUUAUGUGAACGGAGUCACCGCACAAACAGAUAAAAUACCCGAGAAUUUUUAAGAGCGAGCGGUUUUGUAUAAAUGAAUGACAAACAAUAAACAAUACUGCGAUAAAAAGCUAAUGUAAUAGCAACGAUAGCAGAGUCAAGGAUGAAGAAUAAAGUUGAAUUUCAGCUAGCAUGACUAAAAAUAUUGCGAAAGCCAUUUGUGUCUUUCUGCUGAUCUUGGACAUUCUGCAGGCAGUUACACUUGUCAAUCAUUAUCCUGACGAUGAUUAUGUCGUUGAACACGAGGUCUCUUAUCACGAAGCCAUUGCAAAUGCCAGAAAUCUCACCAUUUCUACAGGUCCCAUUCCUGGAUGUAAAGCAUGCACGAACGAAGAGAUGACCUACUGCAAAGACGGAAGUGUUAUUAGUGAUCAUUGUUGUUGUGACAGUAGUUACAAUAAAGUUAUUCCGUAUGUGGAACAUACUUGCCGAAUAGGAAGACAAGCGUGUAAACCUGUAGCCGAAAACUGCGCAGAUUACGAGAGGCUGAGGGACUGCUGUUGUCUUUCUUACUUGGGUUCUGUGUGGAAGUAUAGAGCCGGUGGAAGUGUCAACGUAAAACCAGGUCUAUUAAUAACUGCGGGAGCUUUAUUGAUACUUCAUGUAUGCCAUAAGAUGUACAAUUAAAUAUUAAAUUAUGUACUUUAAGCCUUAACGUAUUUUGUAAAGCAUGCCUUUGAUGUAAUAAAUUAUUUUUUCAGUACAAA